AUGAAGGAGAUGAUGAGGAGUCUGAAGUUGAUGUUUCUGCUAAAACUAAUCACUGCUGUCUGUCAUGCAUCUGUUGCACAAAAAGACAGUGUGAAUGUGAGGUUAGUCGGUGGCUACAGUCGCUGUGCUGGUAGAGUGGAGGUUCAUCAUAGAGGUCAGUGGGGAACAGUGUGUGAUGUCGGUUGGGAUUUGGUUGAUGCUGCAGUGGUGUGUAGAGAACUGGACUGUGGAGAACCUGUAGAUGCUCCGAGUGAUGCUCAUUUUGGACAAGGGUCAGGACCAAUCUGGAUGAGUUAUGUUGUGUGCACUGGAUCAGAGUCCACACUUAAGAACUGCGGGUCAGCGGGUUGGGGUAAAAGCAGUUGUGAUCAUUCUAAAGAUGCUGGAGUCAUCUGCUCAGGUGUCAGGCUGGUUGGAGGUUCUCGCUGCUCUGGGAGGUUAGAGAUACUUCAUAAUCAGACGUGGAUGUCAGUGUGUGAUGCUGCCUUUGACCAGCAGGAUGCAGAGGUUGUGUGUAGAGAGCUGGACUGUGGGGCUCCUGUACAGGUGCUGGGAGCAGCUGCUUUUGGCAAAGGAGACACUCAGAUGUGGACACAAGAGAUUCAGUGUAGAGGAAAUGAAACUCAGAUUAAUCUUUGUCUAACAUCACCAUCACAUAAAAACAACUGUUCACAGAACAGCAAUGUUGGACUAAUGUGUGUUGACAGUGUGAAUGUGAGGUUAGUCGGUGGCGACAGUCCUUGUGCUGGUAGAGUGGAGGUUCAUCAUAGAGGUCAGUGGGGAACAGUGUGUGAUGAUGACUGGGAUUUGGCUGAUGCUGCAGUGGUGUGUAGAGAACUGGACUGUGGAGAACCUGUAGAUGCUCUGAGUGAUGCUCAUUUUGGACAAGGAUCAGGACCAAUCUGGAUGAGUUAUGUUGUGUGCACUGGAUCAGAGUCCACACUGAAGAACUGUGGCUCAGCAGGAUGGAGUAAAAGCAGUUGUGAUCAUAAAGAUGCUGGAGUCAUCUGCUCAGAAGUCAGGCUGGUUGGAGGUUCUCGCUGCUCUGGGAGGUUAGAGAUACUUCAUAAUCAGACGUGGAUGUCAGUGUGUGACGCUGCCUUUGACCAGCAGGAUGCAGAGGUUGUGUGUAGAGAGCUGGACUGUGGGGCUCCUGUAGACACUCAGAUGUGGACACAAGAGAUUCAGUGUAGAGGAAAUGAAUCUCAGAUUAAUCUUUGUCUAACAUCACAAUCUCAUAAAAACAACUGUUCACAGGACAGCAAUGUUAGACUAGCGUGUGCUGAUGCAAUGAAUGUGAGGUUGGUUGGUGGUAACAGUCCCUGUGCUGGUAGAGUGGAGGUUCAUCAUAGAGGUCAGUGGGGAACAGUGUGUGAUGAUGACUGGGAUUUGGCUGAUGCUGCAGUGGUGUGUAGAGAACUGGACUGUGGAGAACCUGUAGAUGCUCUGGGUGGUGCUCAUUUUGGACAAGGAUCAGGAACAAUCUGGAUGAGAGCUUUUUGUUCUGGACUGGAAUCUACAUUGAAGAACUGUGAAUCAGCAGGAUGGGGUUUACACACAUGUAGUCAUAAUGAUGAUGCUGGAGUCAUCUGCUCAGAUCAUAAACAUUCCAGACUUGUUGAUGGACCUCACCUGUGCUCUGGAAGAUUAGAGGUGAUUCAUGCGAAUACCUGGAAUACAGUGUGUGAUGCUGCUUUUGACCAGCAGGAUGCAGAGGUUGUGUGUAGAGAGCUGGACUGUGGGGCUCCUGUACAGGUGCUGGGAGCAGCUGCUUUUGGCAAAGGAGACACUCAGAUGUGGACACAAGAGAUUCAGUGCAGAGGAAACGAAUCUUAUAUUUCUUUCUGUCCAGCAUCAUCUUCUCUCAAACACAACUGUACCCAUGAAAAUGCCAUUGGGUUGUUAUGUUCUGUUUACACAGAUCUCAGGCUGGUAAACGGACCAGACUAUUGUUCUGGAAGAGUGGAGCUUCAGUUCCUCAGUAAAUGGGGCACAGUGUGUGAUGCAUGCUGGGAUAUGAGAGCUGCCAGUGUCCUCUGUAGACAGCUGAAUUGUGGGAUUGCUGUGUCUGUUGUGGGAUCAGACUGGUUUGGAGAGGGAAGUGGUGAAAUCUGGGCUGAUGUGUUUGAUUGUGACGGGAAUGAAACAAAACUCUCAGAAUGUUCCAUCUCUUCAUGGAGUCGAGCUGAAUGUUCUCAUAGACGAGAUGUUGGAGUCAUCUGCUCUGAUUCCUCUCUGGCUCUUCAUGAUGGUCUGGUGCGGUUGUCUGGAGAGAGACAGUGUGAGGGGGAGGUGGAAGUUUUCAUCCAUCAGGUCUGGAGGAGAGUUCUGCUGGACUCCUGGAGUCUCACUGAAUCCUCUGUGGUCUGCAGACAGCUGGGCUGUGGCUCUGUGCUGAACUUCUACGGCUCCUCUUCAUCCAGUCCUGAACACAGUCAUGAGUGUGUGACGGGCUUCCAGUGCUCUGGGAGUGAAGCUCAUCUGGGGAACUGCAGCUCUCCACAAACUCUCAACUGCAGCUCCACACAACAGCUGUCAAUCACCUGCCUUGGUGAGAACAACAACAUUCGUGGGUCCAUCAGGCUGGUGGGUUCUGGGGGAGACUGUGCAGGGAGGCUGGAGGUUUUUCACAGCGGCUCAUGGGGGACAGUGUGUGAUGACUCCUGGGAUAUUAAAGAUGCCCAUGUGGUGUGCAGACAGCUGCAGUGUGGAGUGGCCCUCAGUAACCAGCAGGUACCAGCCUGGUUUGGUCCUGGUUCUGGACCCAUAUGGCUGGAUGAGGUGGAGUGUGAGGGGAAUGAGACGUCCCUGUGGAGCUGCUCUUCUCCAGGCUGGGGAAAACAUGACUGUCAACACAAUGAGGAUGUAGGAGUCGUGUGUUCAGAAUUUAAAGAGAUCAGGUUAACUGAGGGCUGUGAAGGAAAUGUGGAGGUUUUCUACAAUGGAUCCUGGGGAAAUUUGUGUUACAACAAGAUGGACAGAGACACAGCGAGUCUGAUCUGUCAAGAGCUGAACUGUGGAAGAUCUGGCAGUGAACCCAAAAAUUCAGUGGGACUGAAGCCUCAUAAUUGGCUGGAUUUUUUAAAAUGUCGACGACAUGACUCCACUUUAUGGCAGUGUCCAUCUUCACCCUGGGGACAGAAUGACUGUAAUAAUGAGGUGGCCAAGAUCACCUGCUCAGAUCAUCUUCCUCUCAGACUGAGUGGAGGGGAGGGCCGGUGCUCUGGGAGGCUGGAGGUGUAUCAUAACGCUGUGUGGGGCUCAUGUGUGGGAUCUAAUGAUAAUGUGAACCAGUUUUACCCUCUACUGAAGAUCACAUCAGGUGCACAGCGCUAA